GUGCCUCAUGGUGGCGGUGGGGUUAUGGUAUGGGCAGUCCGUUGGAGAGGAUCAGCUUCAGCAAAUUGAGGUGUAGAAUCACAUCAUUUAUUCCCUGCUAAAUAAUAGGAUUUGUGCGAUUAAGAUUUGCAGCGCUACACCUCCACUGGUUUAGGUAAUCCAUCCGCCAAACACACGAGCACAACCAGGCAUUGAUUGAUUAAUUGAUUGUAAACAGCUUGUGUCAAUUACAGAACAUUUCCUAGGAUUUCCUACCUGCAGCAACACAAGUGGACAGUGCUGGAAAUACUGGUAAAGGCAGUGCCUCCAAACGCCUGGCCCUAUGAUGCGCACACACACAAACACAUACACACAGACACACACCUAGAAUCCCCCCUCUCCUCCGUGACAGUGAUGUAGAGUCCUGAGCGUGGGGAAACACCUUCCCACCGCCAGGCACACACACACACACUCCUACUCUGUGACCAUUUGGACGUACACACUCCUACUCACGGAGCGUUUGAUACACACUCCUACUCACGGAGCGUUUGAUACACACUCCUACUCACGGAGCGUUUGAUGGUGAGAAGAGCCUGGACACCAAGAAACACGUACUGGUACUUCAGACUUCACCGUUUCUCCUGAACUCAGGUAGGACUUAAAACCUGGGCCUGGUAGAGAUGAGAGCGAGAUAGAGGAGGAGAGAGAACUCUCCAUCACCAGAUCUUCAGGAUGGAUAAAACGUGGGCAACUGUGCCACCGUGUGUAUCGUGGAAGAGGCCGUAGAGCAGACCCUGGCGAACCCUAACCACUGACCCCUGUGGUGGGGGGGGUGAGCUCAGGGCGAUGCGGUGCCCCACCCUGCUGGCCCUGCUGGCGGGGGUCAUGCUGUACCUGGUGAUAGGGGCGCUGGUGUUCCGGACCCUGGAAAGCCCCAAGGAGAGCAAGGAGCACGAGAAGCUGCUCCAUACCACACGCGACUUCCUCCAAAACCACUCCUGUGUCACUGCACAGAACCUCAGCGACCUCAUAAAGAGUGUGGUGAAGGCGGUGGAGGCGGGCCUGGACGUAAAACACAGCUCCACCAACUUCACUAGCAGGUGGGACCUGGCCAGCGCCUUCUUCUUCUGUGGUACCAUCAUCACCACCAUCGGGUUUGGUAACCUGUCUCCCAGGACCAAAUGGGGUCAGCUGUUCUGCGUCUGUUACGCCCUGGUUGGGAUCCCUAUGUUUGGUUUCCUGCUGGCUGGUGUCGGGGACCACAUGGGGACGGGGCUGAGGAAGGCUGUGUGGAAGAUGGAGACACUCUUCCUGAAGCAGCGGGUCAGUCCCACUUAUGUGCGGGUCAUGUCUGCCGUUCUGUCUAUCCUGAUUGGCUGUCUGAUCUUCCUCGCCGUGCCAACGCUGGUGUUUAAGGAAGUGGAGGACUGGUCCUUUCUGGAGGCGCUCUACUUCGUGGUCAUCACCCUCACCACGGUCGGCUUCGGAGACUAUGUAGCAGGUUCUAACCGGAAGGACGGAGAUCUGUUUAAACCCCUGGUGUGGCUCUGGAUAGUGUUUGGCCUGGCUUACUUUGCAUCCAUACUCACCAUGAUCGGGAACUGGCUGCGGGUGCUGUCCAAGAAAACACGUGCUGAGAUGGAGGAGUUGAGGGCCCAUGCUACAGACUGGACCCAGAACAUCCAGAACAUGUCCAUGGACUUCCGGAUACCCAACCCUCUGGACCUCAAUGACCCCUUCCUGCUGCAGCGGCGCCGCUGGAAACGCAGCACCCGGCGACGGGUCCGCAGGGGGGCGCUGGGGCACCGCGGCAGGCAGGGUGUCAUAGGGGAGAACGGACAUCUGCCCAAUAGGUGGGUCACCCACACCAGCUCCAUGACCCGUCUGGAGGUCGUGAGGUUAGGGGGGGGUGAGGUUAGGACUGAGGGGGCGAGGUUAGGACCAGGGGUGGGGCUAGGUGUAGGGUUGAGGCCAGAUUGCAGGGUCAGUGCGAGGUCAGAGGGCAGGUCGUUGGGCCGGACGGUUGCGAGGUCGCUGUCGAUGCCUGCGGCGCGCUCCAUGAUGGAGUUAGACUAUGACCCUGAUCCUAUUGCGACAAUGAUGAUGCCAUGGGAGUCGGGGUCUGUGUCCGAGUCUCCAGAGUCUGACUCCAGAUCAGUUGUCUCCUCCUCUGACUCUCACACCUCUGAAGUGUGUACAGCAGGGCAGGGGAUACCUUUUGCCAGUUUUGACCCCAGUGGGGGUCUCUGUACUGAACAGAGGGGACGCCAAGGAGUAUCCAGGCUGGUAUAUUUCACGGAGGAUGUCCGGUUCCCUGUGCCUCUCCAGCAGCUCCCCAAGUCCCCCAACUCCACCAAGCCCAUCCCCAUGUCGCCCAUAUCUUCCGUGACCCCUUUGCCCCCCCCGCCAGGCUGCAAGAUGCUAGAUUUCUUUGGGGAGAACUUGGCCUACAUCGACGAGUCGUCGGACGCGCUGAGUGACCGGAACCAGCCGGUUGAGGGGGGUGUCAGCCCUCUACCUCGUAUACACCGCAUGAGGAGGCAGCUGCCCCACCGGAGCCCCCUGAGGGAGAGGCGGGACAGCGACUUGCAGCCCCCCUCCAACCCCCCCACCCCUCCUCCUCUCUCCCAUCUCAGAGACUGAUGAACAAACUGACAGACACAGGUCAUGAAGGGGGAUACUAAGGCUGGUCUUUAUUACCAGUGUUCACAGGAGAAGCAGACCUUAAAGCUCAGAUGGACUUAUAUUAUGUACUGGGGAUAAAUGUGGCCCAGGCCAACAAUUUAUUAGAUCUCACUGACUGAGGACCACAGUCACCAUUGAGAUAUAUUUGUAUGAAAACCAAUUAAUGUAUUCAGCAGCACAUAUAUAGAAUAUUUAAACUGUCUCCGCUCAGUCAAUUCAGACUCACUGGGUUGAGAAAUAGCACCAUCUCCUGGCUGGUAAGUGUAGUACAACAACUCUGCCUGAUUCGCUGUCUGCUACUGGAGCUCAGCCCAAACCUCAGGCAUGGUUUUUAAAUGACUGACUAAAGUGGAUGGACUUUUUUGAAUAACCAUUUUAGAUCUGGUUUCAGAGAUUCAUAUCCCUGUAUAUCCCAGUGUCCUUCAGCAUGUGGGAUAUACAGUACUCUGGUUGUAUAACUUGUUUGUUUUGACAGCAUUCUGUUGCCCUGAAUGUGUAUGUGCCAAAGUGGUAUUUAAAAUCAAAUUGUGCUUUUCUAAAUAAAGGAAAGUCCUAUACAAACCUA